AUGAUCGGAGCUUAUUCCAGCUCACAUCUAGAGCGACGGCAAGGUGGUGGAGGAAACAACAACAACAAUAAUCCUAACACGAAUGGCUUCAAUAUUGUCAAUGGUCGCAUAUUUACACCAGGUCUCGGAAUAAUCCUAGCGCCUCAACCAAAUACACCGAUGGGCGGUGAUUUCCUCCAUAUAGCAAUCGACGUCUCUGGAGAUGGCAAACUUCCCGUGCCACCAAAGGAUAUAUCGGACCCGCUCACACAAGUCUUCAAUUUCACCAUGUUCUUGACGAGCAUUUCGCAGCAGAAGAAUUUCACAAUAUCUAACAUCACCACAACAACACCGCCAUUGGCGAACAUCAUGGACCAGGAGCUAGGACAGACCGUUAAACACAUCAACUUCGAAUGGCCGGAUUGCCUUGUUGGCGACGGACAGGACCAGGAUGGUUCGACGGCACGUGGCGAUUACAACAUCACAAUUCAUCAGAACUUUCGACUCAAUGGGAGCGACCAUUACAGUAUCUUCAAUCUCCCGAUCAGCGUCACUAAUAGCAUACCACAAUUCCCGGGCGCGGAUCAACUUCUCACAAAGCCCCCGCCAGGACCACUCAACGCAAAUGGAGGUCGCAUGAACUGUGAUCGAUUGAACAACCCGAUGAUCGGUUUCGGCGAGCUGGUAGAGAGUGUCAACAACCCACCAGGUCAACCAUUCCAAGAUAUCGCUAUUGAGACGACAGAGCGCAACGGAGGAGGUCAGAUCGGCGAUCCCGGUACGGCAAACCCUAAUGGUGAAAUCGGCAAUGGGCAAGGCAACGCCCAAGGCUCAUUGGGGGAGGGCUCCAGUAUGCGAUCCGCCAGUGGACGUUACGUGGAUGUUUUAGUGGUGGCCGCGAUCACAACUUUCGGUAUGUCAUUGGCCUGA